AUGAUUGGAUCAUCAAUUCAUUCAGUAGUAUUAAACUUUCAAAAGAUUGCAUUCAUUACAUGGACUGCAAUCAAGACAUAUCUCAAUGGACCCUAUUAUUCAUAUCUGGAGCUCAACCGUAACUUACAAUUGUUUGGAAAUGUUCGCAAACUUAGUGUCGAUGAUGAAGAUAUAGUUAACGAUUUGAACGGUAAGGUUUGCAUCAUAACGGGCGGCACUCGUGGCAUUGGCCUAGAAGUGGUCAAAACAUUGCUUAAGAAAGGCUGUCAUGUAAUCACCGGGUCAUCAGCUGAUGGACAGGAGAUCGAGAAACGACAUAAAGCCAUCGUUGACCAAUUGAGCGAUCAAUGUACCGGACAACUGGACAUAUGGCCGCUGGACUUGUCGUCGAUGGAUUCUGUGAUGCAGUUUAUCGACAAAUUUAAACAGUCCGGCCUUUCCGUAAACUAUUUAAUAUGUAACGGUGCCGUCAUGUUUGCACCGUUCAAGUUGACAGCCGACAACUUUGAGACACAUUUGGCGGUCAACUAUCUGAGCCAUUGUUUGCUUAUCGCACAACUCGUCGAUUCGUUGGCCGAGUCGGCCAAACAAAGCGGACACAAAUCGCGUAUAGUUUGUGUGUCGUCGGGAGCGCACAGGGCGUCUACAAUCAGAUUUCAGGACAUACACUGCGAACGACUGUUUUCCAUAUAUCAUGCCUAUGCCCAGUCAAAGUUGGCUCAAAUUAUGUUUGCCUAUAAAUUCAACGAAUGGCUAACGAAGACUACCCGUGCGGCCGAUGUAACUGCAGUGACGGUCAGCGGUGGCCAUCAAUUGUCCGAUUUUAUUACCAUAGCUUGUCUUCAUCCGGGUGUUUGUCGUACCGAUUUGAUGAAGGAAUUCAAUUUCUUUAACCUCAGACCUAUACAAUCGUUACCCAUAUUUAGAAACGCAGAGGAAGGAGCCGAGACCACCAUCUAUGCCACCCUAUCGUCUCAUAUGGAAGACAUCAGUGGUGUCUAUCUGGAGGACUGUCGGGUAACAAAAUCCAGUCAAAAAUCAUACGACAAACUGAUACAACAGCAACUGUGGACCACUACUUGGAAACUGUUAGAUAAAUGGACAAACAAUACCAUGCUUUAUGUUGUCAAUCAAUUUGCAGAUAACUCAACUGCUCCUCAACAAAAUAAUGACAAUCAACACCAUCAACAACAACAACAAGGUGAUCAACUUGAUAUUACAUAUUUGACUUAA